AUGUCGAACUCCUAUCAACUCAAUAACCUCCCACCGGAGCUCUGGUAUACUAUAGUAUCAUUUCUACCUAAUUGCGACAUAAAAAGUCUCCGCCUUGUCUCGAAACAAUUGUGUGAUUCAGUGGAGCUCAGACUGCAGAGAGUGUUUUUGUCGGCGAACCCGUUGAACAUCAAGGUCUUUCGCGCCAUUGCAGAUCAUGAAAAGUUUCGAUAUCAGAUUUCAGAAAUUAUUUGGGACGACGCGCGAUUAGCCAGAGGCCCCCCCUACUUCAGACUCACUGAUGCAAGCGAUGAAGAGACAGAGGAGGCGUUUAGACUGAGACGACAUGAUGAUUCUGAAGCCGAAGGGCCACUGAACUGGGAGGUUUAUGAAAGUGACAUUGACAACGGGGACCCAGACGACGAGUUUGCAGAUUCUGCCCUUCAACUGAGAGCAAGUACAAAUGUCAAGGGGCAAAAUUGUCCACUUUGGUUCAAAGCUGUAUGUGUGAAUAAUAUUGAGAAUCUUUUUAUGCGACGAGAGAAGCUCAAUAGCACCGAGGCCUGGCAUCAAAAAUUCAAAAAUGAGAAGAAGCUGGGCAAGGCCGCACUCUCGAUGAGUCAGUCGUGGGAAAUCUAUCACGCCUUACUCCGCAAACAGGCCGACGUUCUAGCUGGAAACUAUGACGGAGAGGCGUUUCUUUACGGGCUUGAACAGUUUCCGGCGCUGAAAAAAGUCACAGUCACUCCCGCCGCUCAUGGCGUCCCGUUUGCCCCGUUAUACCAUAGUCCUAUGAUUCGAUCAUUUCCAGAAGGAUUUAACUAUCCUAUCCCUCGUGGAUGGCCAACCUCAACCACCGAACAACCAGAGGAUGAGAUAGCAUUCCCCUGGCAAAGAGUUGAUGAAAGGCACAAAGAGAAGUGGCGCGCAUUUCGGAUUGUAACGCGCGCCCUUGCACAUCAGAAAAGCAAUGUGGUAGAAUUGAUUCUAGAAGCUCGACAGCUUUACACAGGAAUCAACUGCACGAUAUUUGAUGAACCUUGCGAGGAGCACGAAAAUCUUCUGACAAUUUUGACAAAACCGGGAUUUCGUCGCUUAGACCUUUCUUUGAUGUUUGGUGGAAGAGGAUCAGAUGCCGAGAACUGGAAGACAUUCCGCGAUGGAAGGCUUUGCGAAACACUCAGCGUAAUGGAAGAUCUGGAGGAAUUCAACUUCUACACUUCGGGACUCGAUCGCUGUUAUGAGUAUGGAGACCCUCCGAUUGGAAUUAACCCCGUGUCGCUAGAGCGGAUAUUUCCUAUCGAAAAGUGGUCCAAGCUUCGUCAUUUUGCAUUAUCGCGUUUCAUAGUCAGGCAGACUGAUCUCGUCACAUUCCUUUCGAAAUUACCAGAGACAGUCCAGUCAGUGGAAUUGAGCUUUCUUGUAUUCAUUGACCACGGAUCAUCUUGGCAUUAUUUCCUUGAAGAGAUGCGCUCAAAGAUUCGGGAAAAAACUCUCUGGCCUGGUCGUCGACCUAGUGUUGUUAUCGGCAAUGAGCGAUAUUAUCUUCUCCUUGGAGGAGCUACCUGGAUCGAAAAGGCAGUGAACAAGUUCUUGUACGAGGACGGGGAAAAUCCAUUCCAUGAGCCUCCUCGAGAGAGAGUCAAAAAAGAGCUUGGCAGAGUCAAGGAUGCGUUUGAUCCUUAUUUUUGA